UGAGUAACACAUAAGAAGAAUAACAAUAAAUAAGUUUCGCAGUGUCAUUUGAAUGGUUGAUAGAAAAUGUUCAAUUGUACAAUGACUAUUGUAUGUGCCAAUAAUUAAUGCACAUCUUAUCUUUAUUCUCUAUCUAGAGAAUAACACUAAGAGCGGCUAGUCAUUAUCUGUCUAGACGAAUGUACAUUACUAACAACAAUGGCCAUGCAUUCACUCUCUCAAUUAUUUACUCAUGCCUUCUUUUUCCAUUUUUCCUCACUUUCUCUCUUCUCUCUUCGCGAACAUAUAUAAGGAGAGAAAAGAAAAGAAUAGACGGACAUUGUUGUACUACUGUGUGAAAUAGUAACAUAUACUCAAUACUACUCUGAUAGUAACUCAAGAAGCUAUAACUCAAGUUUAUUUGGUUACAAUAUACUUUAAUAUAUUUAACUCGAAACGAACGUGUGUUAAUUGAAUUUCAAGAAUUUAUGUUUGUUUACGAUGACGCAUGGUGAUGAUAUGAAUUAGACAAAAGUUCGUCAAUUGAUUGAAAAAAAGGAAUGCGUUUUGAUUAUAAAUGCUAAAGAUUCAUCAUCAUCAACAGUAUGGAAUGAAUUAAGAUUAAUUGCUCAUAAAUCUACUCCAACUAUUCCUCUUAUUGGAUGGGCUGCUUGUUCUUAUUGCAGUCGACCAUUCAGAAGUCACUCAGCUGCUGAUGUCAAUGGAAAACGAAAAAAUGAUGGGGUCACAUCAGCAUUAAAACAUCUUGAUCAAUGUAGUUUGAGGAAAAAAGAAAUGGCAGUUAAACGUAAACGACAAUUAGAUGAUGAAAAUGGUGAUAAUCCUGAUCAAUCACAAUGGUCUUCAUCGUCAUCCCCAACAGUUAAUAAAACAUUAUCAAAAUUUCUUUAUAAUAAAUCAACAUUACCAAAAACUUGGCAAAAUCGUAUCAAAGAAUCAGAAUGUAUGAAUUCAUUUCAGUCUGUUGAAAAUGAUGGUCUUCUUGAAUUAGCACAAACAUGUAUUGAUGUUGGUGCAACAUUUGGACGUGUUAAUGCACAUGAUAUUUGGUAUGGACGACGCUCUAUUCAAAAUGAAUGUGAAUUAAAAUUUCAUCAACAUCGAGAAGAUAUUAAAUCAAUUAUUCAACCUUACAUCAAUGAUCGAACUGCUUCAUCUACGAUUGAUUUAUGGAGAGACGAUAUUAUACAACGAUAUUAUUUAGAUUUUACUAUUUUCUAUUUGAAUGAACAUUGGCACUUGAAACAUAGUAUUCUUCGUUGUAAAUAUUUUGAUGAACAAUCUAAAACUGCAAUUAAUAUCUGGUUUUCGAUAAUUCUAUAA